AUGUCAUCGCCACCAUCCUCCCUCUCCUCUUUCUCCUCAAUGGACUCUCCGCCCCCCACUCUUCCACGAACGCCGGUGAAGCGUGCAGCUUCGGCCUCAUUCUCCGACCAGCCCGAAACCUCCCCGAUACUCACGCACCAGCACAGCCACCCAAAUCUCAGUGACAUCUCCUCCGACACCUCCGGAUCCGUUCCAGGGUCACCCAUGGACGCGGAAGAACUCGAGCAUGCGGAGCAGGUCACAAUGUGUAAGUGGGACGGCUGCGACAUGGAUAUGGGCAACAUGGACGACUUGGUGAAGCACAUUCACGACGAGCACAUUGGGCUUAGGCGGGCAAAGUAUGCAUGCGAGUGGGACGAUUGCAAUAGGAAAGGAAUGGCUCACGCGAGCGGUUAUGCAUUGAGAGCUCAUAUGAGAAGUCAUACGAAGGAGAAGCCAUUUUAUUGCACUCUUCCCGGCAGGUUUCUCCUCUCCACUACUACCCCAUCUCCGGUGACGGCGCUAACGCCCGGGCAACAGAAUGCGACAGAUCCUUCACCCGUUCCGAUGCCCUUGCCAAGCACAUGCGCACGGUCCACGAAACAGAAGCCCUCCGUCCCUCCGACCCUAUCCCUAAAUCUCACCCCAACCACCCGCAAAACAUCCACCAACCAAACACCACCGCUACCUCGCAUUCCACCGCAUCCUCCCCCUCCUCACCUACCAGCUCUACCAAAAAUGCGAGCAAGAAUGGCGCGUCCAAGUGGUACACCUCUGAGGACGGCUUCGAUCCGGACGAGGAAGUCAUGCCGCCUAAAGAGCUCAUGAAAUUGCUUAAGAGGAAACUGGCGUGGGCGGAGGAGGAGCAGGAGGAAUUGAAGCGGAAGCUCGAGGAGCUGGAGAGGAAGAGGAGGGAAGGGUGGGUUAAGAAGGAGAUGCUUCUCGAUAGGGUCUUAGUCGCAGAGUUGGGCGAGGAGGAGGCGGCGAAAUUGAGCUUGGAUGUCCCCAUGGGUGGCGCAUAA